AUGUGCUGGCAGCUGGAUGAGAUGGACGCCUGCAUGGAUGGACGCAUGGAUGGAUGGUCGGGUUUGAUCCGCGUGUCGCAGGAGGAGUAUCUGAUAGCCCCGCUCCCCCAACAUCUCGCUGUGCAGCACAACUACAGCGCCCCCGAUGGCCACCACCCUCACGUGGUGUACAAGCGCUCCGCCGAACGCGUCGUUCACGGAGGCUCCAGAGGCCCGACUGGCUCGGAUUCCUCCAGAUCGGACAAUUCUUACCUUCGCUAUCACCAGCAUCGUGACCACCAGCGGGGAAAGCAGCAGAGGCAACACUUCUGUGGCCGCCGCAAGCAAUACACUCCCAAGCCCCCCACAGAGGACGAGUUCGUCAUGCCCGAUGAGUUCGCGUUGCCUGAUGUAGAAGGGCCCGGGAGGUCAAAGAGAUCCCCUAUCAACUCCAACAGAGUGGGAGGGCUGAAUGUAGAGACCCUGGUGGUGGCAGACAGGAAGAUGCUGGAAAAGCACGGCAGGGAGAAUGUCACCACCUACGUCCUCACAGUGAUGAAUAUGGUUUCCAGUCUUUUCAAAGAUGGAACCAUCGGAACAGACAUCAACAUUGUGGUGGUUAGCCUGUUGCUGCUGGAACAGGACCCAUUGGGUUUGACUUUAAGUCACCACGCUGACCAGUCUCUCAAUAGUUUCUGUCAGUGGCAGUCGGGUCUGGUGGGGAAAGGAGGCAAGCGUCAUGACCAUGCUGUUCUCCUUACCGGACUUGAUAUUUGCUCCUGGAAGAACGAACCCUGUGACACCCUGGGUUUCGCACCGAUCAGUGGCAUGUGCAGUAAGUAUAGAAGCUGUACCAUCAAUGAGGAUACAGGACUGGGCUUGGCUUUCACAAUUGCACACGAGUCUGGACACAAUUUUGGAAUGAUACAUGACGGAGAAGGGAACCCCUGUCGCAAGACGGAGGGCAACAUCAUGUCCCCCACGCUGGCCGGUAACAACGGGGUCUUCUCCUGGUCCACCUGCAGCCGGCAGUACCUCAGCCGUUUCCUUGGAACAGCCCAGGCGUCCUGUCUCGGGGACGAGCCCAGGCAGAUCGGUCAGUAUAAGUAUCCCGAGCAGCUCCCGGGGCAGCUGUAUGACGCAGACACCCAGUGCAAGUGGCAGUUUGGCUCCAAGGCGAAACUGUGCAGCCUUGAUUUUGUCAAGGACAUCUGCAAGUCGCUGUGGUGUCAUCGCACGGGGCACCGGUGUGAGACCAAGUUCAUGCCUGCUGCGGAGGGCACCACUUGUGGUCCAGAUAUGUGGUGUCGGAGGGGUCAGUGUGUCAAAUACGGGGACCACGGUCCGAGGGCCGUCCACGGCCAGUGGUCACCCUGGUCUCAGUGGUCAGACUGCUCCCGAAGCUGUGGAGGAGGGAUCAUGUACAGGGAGCGCUCCUGCACCAGCCCAAGGCCACAGAACAAUGGCAAAUUUUGCUCCGGCUCCAGUCGGGUCAACCAGCUGUGCAACUAUCGGCCCUGCCCUCCUGGGGCUGUGAGCUUCCGGGCCCAACAGUGCGCCGAGUACAACAGCAAGCCCUUCAGGGGCUGGUACUAUAAAUGGAAGCCCUACACCAAAGUUGACGAUGAGGACAUCUGUAAGCUGUACUGCAUUGCAGAAGACUUUGACUUUUUCUUCGCGAUGGCCAGCAAAGUGAAAGACGGCACUUCCUGCUCCGACCAUAGAGGAGACGUCUGCAUUGAUGGAGUGUGUGAGGGUGUGGGGUGUGACCACAUUCUGGGAUCUAAGGCUUCUCUGGAUGCCUGUGGAGUCUGUAAGGGGGACAACUCUACGUGCAAGUUUUUCAAGGGCCAUUACAACCUUCAGCACCGGACCAAUGAGUAUUUCUCACUGGUGACGGUUCCGGCUGGGGCUCGAAGCAUUCACGUUCAGGAAAUGGAAGCGUCCACCAGCUACCUGGCCGUCCGCUCACUGAAGAGGAAGUACUACCUGACCGGGGACUGGACUGUGGACUGGCCCGGGAAGUUCCACUUCGGCGGGACCGUGUUUGACUACCAGCGCUCUUUCAACAAGCCAGAGAGCCUGUAUGCUGCCGGACCGACUAAUGAGACGCUGGUGUUUGAAGUAAGCCGCUGCCGCCGGAUCCUUCUUCAGGGAACCAACCCGGGUGUGUUGUGGGAGUACACCCUGCCUCGCACCGAGAGGAAACCGGAGUACAGCUGGGGCGUGGUGCGCUCGGACUGCUCCGCUCCGUGUGCUGGAGGUCGAAUCUCCACCAAGGCCAUCUGUCUGCAGGACCAGAAACUCCAGGUCAACUCCAGCAUGUGUAACCCCCACAGAAGGCCGACACUGGGCUCCCACCUCUGCAACACACAGCCCUGCCCCGCCUACUGGGCGACCGGAGACUGGGGGCCCUGCAGUCGCUCGUGUGGAGGUGGCCAGCAGACCAGGAUUCUGCGCUGCCUGAGGAAGGUGACCUACCAGCGGGAGGAGGCGGUGCAACACUCGCUCUGCCCCGUCCUCUCCCCCGCCCAAGUCCAGCCGUGCCACACGCAGGCCUGCCCGCCCGAGUGGAGCGCCGGGUCCUGGUCCCAGUGCUCCAAAUCCUGCGGCCGAGGGCUGAGGAAGAGGAACGUCUUCUGUCGGAGCACGGAUCCGGGGGCCAACGCGGUGGUGGUUCCUGACAGCAUGUGCAGACAGCAUCACAGGCCCAAAGCCCAAGAGACCUGCGUCCUGCGGCGCUGCCCCAAGAACGAGAAGCUUCAGUGGAUUCCGACUCCCUGGGGAGAGUGCUCCAGGUCCUGUGGCUCGGGCGUCCAGAGGAGAGAGCUUCGUUGCGGGGAGAGAGACGCUCACGGGGGGUAUGUGGAGUUCCCCGUACGGAGGUGCAGGAACGUGGCCAAACCUUUGGUGGAUCUCCAACAAGUGUGCAACAGAGGUCUGUGCCCGGAGUUCCCGCGGGUGCUCCCUGGCAGAACAACCUCCAGCGCCGUGGUGUCGGGCUGGUACUCGUCCCCCUGGCAACAGUGUUCGGUGACCUGUGGAGGAGGUGUCCAGACUCGAACCAUCCAGUGUCUCCGGCAAGGUCGACCUGCAGCUGGCUGCAUGCCUCACCAGAGGCCCGUCACAUCUAGGGCAUGCAACACACACUUUUGCCCCCCCGCUCCCUUGGCUCCGGCACAACGCCCCAGCAGCCGGGUCACAGCUGCUGGGCCCACGCUGAAAGAUGAACACUGUGUCGACCACUUCAGCUGGUGCCAUCUGGUUCCCCAACAUGGCGUUUGCAACCAUAAGUUCUACGGACAGCAGUGCUGCAAGUCCUGCUCCAGCAGGAAGCCCUAGAGCCCUGACACCUCUGAAUCGCCGCCGCCCGCAGGCGAUCGCUCACCACACACACAAAUUGCCCCCAAGAAAAUGUGUGUUUACCUCCUGGAGUACUUGACCUACACGAUUUGUAAAGAAGUAAAAGACAGAGAACGCGGACUGCGUUAAAGACCAAAGUGGUGUCACCGGGCCACUAAUUCCACGUGAACUCGAAAGACUCGAAAAAAUCCCAUUUGAAGAUGUGUUGAUUUAUUGUGUUUGUCGUCGUAUUGUCGCGUAUUUCCCCCCGAUGACGUCUCUGAAACUAGGAAGCCAUCAUGAAAAGCAAGCACAGACUAGUGUUCAGUUGUGGUUUCAUAUGCCUUUUUCUUUAAGUUAUUAUGGGUUGUAAUGUAUCACUUUGCUUUUCUCUGUGGAUCGCCCACAUGUUACUUCUGUUUUACGGACAUCCCGCGGGGUUUGAAACCUCUUGGAUCCACCUGAUGAGAUGUUUUUUUUUAUUUUUAUGAAACAUUAGCAAUCAGCCGUCAUCGCUUCCUUCCUUCUGUCUGCUUACCCUCUCAGCCACUGCUGUCACACAGCAGGACACACAAUUUUUGUGCAUUCCAAUCAUGCUAAUGCAGCAAAAAACAUGCCUAUCUGUGUACCUAAAACAUUUUAUUCAACCGGUCUCCAAUGGCCAUCUUUAUCAACCCUGUAUCACUGGUAAAAAAACAAAAAAACAAAAACAAAGCUUAACCAUCAAUCUAUCUUUUUUUUUUUUUUCGUCCCUGCAUUCUAUCUAUUGAUUGCAGCCAAAAUGAGGUGAAUAAUGAGCAAGGCUAUCUGCGGGCCUGGCAAAGACAAGAGGAGGGUGAAGAGGGAGAGGAGAGGAUGAUUGCGGAGCGAGAGUGGGUGCAGCCUAGAUGGAGAGAGGCUUUUGCUUGUUAAGAGAGAACAAUGUCGGUGGGUUGUAAACAGAAGGCUGAUCAAAACACAGAGGUUUAGCAGGUGGAGCCCCAGAUAAGAGAUGACACUCCCGUGUUUGGUUUGAUGCCGUGGAGCUCACGAAAACAUCAAAAAACGGCUCGAGAGUUUUACCUCGCUCAUCGACACCGACAAAGAUAUAAUUUACUGGAAACCGCACAUCUUCAGUUGAACCUGCCCCCCCCUCCCCCCCCGUGCUGUUUCCCAGCACAGCACGGAUCUCAGCAGCCAUUUGGAUGACUACAUCUCAGUGUGACACGCUGUUUACUCUUUGGAUGUUGUUGCGAGAAGCUGUAUGCGACCUACAUGUCAAAGAAAAGAAAGCAAAAAAAAGAAAAGGUGAAGCAUUCUUCUAAAGCUCAAUAUUUACGAUCAAAAGAACCACCUAUUGCAGUUUUAUUAACCGAGCGCACGACAAAAAUGUAUAAACAAAAUGAACUUUGGAGCGUUUUACUAGAGCGCAGAGAGCAGUUCCACUAAGACUUCACAUCUGACAUAUUCAUAGGCAGUUUCUGUUCACAAACAAGAAAAUAGUUUGAAUUAAAUCCCCUUUAAUUUUUCAGAAUAAAUCGAGCCUUUCUUUCUGAAGAUUCAAUAUCUCUCUUUGCGAAAUAGCUAAAAAACUGCCUGAUAUUUCCUUUUUGAUAAUAGUAAAACAAAUGCGUAACCAUGCCCAAAUUCCGCCUUUCAGGUAAAAUCACCAUUAGCAGUUGUAAAAAACAACAAGCAUACCCUCCAAUAAAGUUAAUCCACUGGGCUAUACACGAGCUUUUUCCCUCCUAUAGCACUCAAACCCCCAUACACCGGACAUAUUGGAGGAAAGCUAUUUUUCCUAAGGAGUCUUGGGCUAGUAGCCCAACAAUCAGACCACCGACCUGCUGAUUGCUUGACGCCUGCUUUUCUUCCAGCGAUACAGCCGCUCGGGCAGGAUGGAUGAAAUCCAGAGGAGACAGAGGGAACUUGAUGAGCGUAAUUUUGAAAUGAAAAUCGGAACG